AUGCAACCACAAGCUGGUGAAUCGCUAAAAAAGAGCUCUGAAAGUAUUAUCCAUGAGAGAGAUGCAAAACGACGAAACUUGGAACUUGUAAGAUCAUUGAUAGACACAGCUUCAACAUCGACUGGUAUUGGACUCUAUGGAAUAGCAGUAUCUUCAACUUCGACUAAUACACCAAUAGACCACCACACAGAGGAAAUAAGAAGGAAAACUAGAGAAAGAGUACAAAAACAUCGAAAUAAGAAGAAGGAACUUUUAGACGAUAACCAACUGGAAAGUACUUCUUAUUCUAAUCCUAAAACCCUUGGUAAAGCUAAAUCUAGGGUUAAAAAAGCAUUGCCUGCAUGUCCUUUACGGAAGAAAGCUGUACUUCAAAAGAUUAUGGAGGAAAUAGAUAUAGUAGAACCAUCAACUUCUACACAAAAAUCAAAACACUGCAUCUCUGAUGAAAUAUUAGCAAAAGUGAAGCAAUUCUAUGAAAGAGAUGAUAUAAGUAGGCAGGUUCCUGGCUUAAAAGACGUAAAAACCGUACGUGAGGACAGAGCCAUCAGGGACACUAAAAGUUUGCCAUAUGAAUUAACUUGGUAUUUCUGGAAGGAAGAUAGUAAAGGAAAACUCUGUAAAACAGUUCAAAGUGGCGAUCUGGAUGAACUGCAGAAACAUUUGAUCGAUCUGACUCCUUCCUUCAAAGUUCAUAGCUUUGUUAAGAAUAGCCAAGCAAAAGCUUAUGAAAAAGACAAAGAGGCAGUCACCAAAAACAAAAAUGAAGUGGCAAGUCUCUUGCAGAUUGAUUUCUUAGAAAAUUAUACCUGCUUGGCUCAGGACGAAGUGCAGAGCUUUCACUGGGUGCAACCGCAGGUCACUUUGUUCACAAUAUCUCUUUGGCACUCAGGAAAACAUUUUCCAAUCGUCAUCGUAUCUGAUAACCGACACCAUACGAAAGACACCAUUGUCCCUUUCCUGCAACGGACACUAGAAGAACUUCCGGACAAUAUAAAAGAAGUCCACGUUUGGUCAAAUGGUCCAGCGUCGCAAUUUAAAAAUAGAUUCAUAGCUGCUUCACUGCCUCUGCUUGAAAAAAUAUCAAACAAGAAAAUUAUAUGGAACUACUUUGCAACAUCACACGGGAAAGGGCCUGUUGAUGGCAUCGGAGGUGCCCUAAAACGUUUAGUAAGAUCGAAAGUAAUAAGCCGCGUAGAAAACGUCUUUAAUGCCCAACAAUUUACUCAGGUUGGUAAUAAAUAUUCAAGUGUGAAAGUUAUAAAUGUCAACGAAGAAGAAAUUGAAAGGAGGUUUGCAAAUUUAAAAUUAAAGGAUGUCUUUGACGCAGCUGUACACGUUGAGGGUAUUGCAAAGAUACACAAUAUUUAUACCAGCAAUUGUGUGGUGAAAACUGAGUCCGUCACCAUUGACUCAAAUCUUAUAAAAGAAAAAUCAUUUCAUCAUACUGUGUAUGGAUCAGACGAGUCUGACAUCUCUGAUGAUGACGUUCCUUUGUCUAUUAUAAGGAAAAAAUGUUAG